AUGUCUCAUCCAACUCCAGAUAAACGUUUUCAACUUGAGAAAGAAGUCAUUGCUGCUAUUCCGGAUUUAUUGGUCAUUAAACCAAAGGUAAGUUGUCUAAAACUAUUCGUUAUAUAGGGGCUAACUCAUUAAAAAAAUUCGGAAACUAACAAAAAAUUAGAAAACACGAGUAAAUGAUAAAAAACUAAUGCAUGUAAACUGUUGACAACAACAAACAAAAACGUUUCCGCGUUGAUUAGUUGGGGACAACUAGAGAGCAGGGGAAAACGAGUGAGAGACAGAGAAAAUGAGAUUAGGUAGGGCGCGUUUGAAGCGUUGAAUAUAUUUUGUCCCUGUGAGAUGAAUAUGUAAACAUAGGGAAUCGUUGCAUUAAAUGGUUAUUUUUGAUAGAAAACACGUGGAAUUUUUCAGAAAAAUUAAAUUAAAGGAAUACCGGAAUUGAGAAUUUUUUUCAGUUAAAAUUUGCGAGUAAGUUAUGGAAUUUAGUGCUGAUUUUUUUCUUAUAUUAGUUUAGAAUUCUCAAAAGUGAUUUUUUCAAACUGUCUCACUUUAUUUUCAAAUAUCUUCUAACUCUCAUGAAUUUUUAUAGUGAACGUUGUUCCAGAAGGUUUCUUAAAUUUUCCAUUCUUCGAUGUUUCAGGUCUUCCCGGAUGAUAGAGGGUUCUUCUCCGAGAGUUACAACAAAACCGAAUGGGCCGAGAAAAUCGGAUACACCGAGGACUUGCAACAAGUGAGUUCAGUUAGCAAAUAUCGAAAUUCCAAAAUCAUAUUUACCAGGAUAACCACUCUUUCUCCCACUAUGGAGUUCUUCGUGGUCUUCACUCACAGCCUCAUAUGGGAAAACUUGUGACUGUUGUAAGUUCAAACAAAAACUUGGAAUUUUCAAUAUUUUUUUCUUAUUAAUUUCAACAAAUUUCCAGGUCAGUGGAGAAAUUUUCGAUGUCGCCGUUGAUAUUCGCAAGGGAAGUCCAACAUAUGGAAAAUGGCACGGAGUUAUCCUCAACGGAAACAAUAAACAUGCUUUCUGGAUUCCAGCUGGAUUUUUGCAUGGAUUCCAAGUUUUGAGCAAGGAAGGAGCUCAUGUUACUUACAAAUGCUCGGCUGUUUAUGACCCAAAAACCGAGUUCGGAAUCAACCCAUUCGAUGAAGAUAUCAAUGUUGAUUGGCCAAUCAAGGAUAAGGAUACUUUGAUUGUUUCCGAACGUGAUACUGUUCAUCCAGGAUUUUCUUCUCUCUAA